UAUGUGAAAUGCAGUCUAUGAAAGUGAUCUUUGUUGUGGCCCUGACUUUGUCAGUGGCCUCCGCUCUUCGCACUCGUCUACUCGGUGCCCCCAAGCCGCUUGAGGGAGAAGAGCUGGAGACAGCCAAGGUUCUAUUGACAAGCACUCUCGAGGAACUGGCCGCCGGAGAGGGACCCAAAUUCGAAGUUAUAAAGGUGACAUCAGCAACUAGAAAGUUGGUGUCAGGAUCCCUUGACACCUUUGUUGUUGAGCUCUCUAAUGGUUCCGAAAAUAAGGAUUGCAAAGUGCAAAUAUGGAGCCAGCCUUGGCUAAAGCCUCUUGGAACCGGAACUAACGUUAAAAUUUAUUGUCAGGAUGAUGAAGUUGUGGAACGUACUUGGUAGAUUCAUUAAAAACAAGUAGUGCCGACAAUAAAUAAAUUGUGAUUAUCUAUGAAACAAUAA